AUGGAUCCACAGAGCAGCACCGCACGAAACACAGAUGUUGAUUUUGAAGAAGCUCGAUCGAUCGGUGAUCAGGUUCAGUUAUCUGCGUAUCAGAGAGAUGAAAGGAUUUACACUCCUGAGUUUGAACUAUCAGCUAUACCUGUGGUUGGAAUGCAAUUUACCUCUAUCGAACAAGCAUACGUCUUUUACCAAACAUAUGCUAAGUUAGCUGGUUUUUCUACUCGGAAAGGUGGUGAAGUACACAGUGGUGGUACAACCAAAACUAAGUAUUUUGUUUGUUCUAAAGAGGGAUAUAUGCCAUUGUUUAUUGAUGAUGCUUAUUCAAAGUCAAAAAAGCCAUUCAAAUCAAGGAACAGGGGGACCAUUAGAACUGGCUGCAAAGCUCAACUUAUGAUUUGCACUGUGGAUGGUAGAUCAUAUACUGUAAAGAAAUUUGUUGAUGGCCAUAAUCAUAAGUUUGUAUGUCCACACGAUAUUCAUAUGCUGCCAGCGUACAGGCAGUUGUCAGAUGUCCAGGAGGAGAUGAUAUGGGAACUAGGCACUCUAUACCUUGGCCCUGUGAAAGCUUUUCAUAUAAUGAGAAAACGUUACGGUGGUUUUGAGAAUGUUGGCGCCACGGUUGAUGAUUGCAAAAACUUUAGGACUCGAAUUAACAGCUAUAUAGGAGAAUAUGAUGCUGACAUGGUCAUCAAUAGGUUAACCGACAAAAAAACAUCAUUUGGGCGGCAGCCAAAGGUUGUAGUAACGGACCAAGACCCUGCGAUGAAACAGGCUAUUGAGGAGGUUUUUUCUACCAACAGACACAGAUUGUGCAUGUGGCACAUAAUGAAAAAAGUGGCAGAUAAUGUUGGACACGAGUUGUGCAAUAAUGAUGAUUUUAAAAGGAGGAUGUGCGAUAUUGUAUGGAUUGGUUCCAUUGAACCUGAAGAAUUUGAGAGACAGUGGAAGUUGGUGAUGAUUGAGUACGGUCUCACUCAAAAUAAAUGGAUUGAUGAUAUGUUUUCGAUGAGAUACAUGUGGAUUUCGGCUUUUUACCUGCAUGAGUCCAUGUCUGGACUCAUGCGAACAACUUCGAGAUCAGAGAGCGAUAAUCAUUUUUUUUGCCAAAUGACAAAUUCACAACUCACUCUUGUAGAGUUUAUGAAUCAUUUUGAUGGAGCAAUGGAUGUCCAAAGGUUCAGUCACAGAAAGAAUGAUCAUAUUUCAAGAUAUACUGAGCCUGAUGAUUGGAGCAAAACUACUUUGGAAAAAGAUGCUGCUAAGAUAUACACCAGGUCUAUAUUUUUUGAUCAGCAAACAGAGAUAUAUGGAACUAUUACUGAAUGCCUGCCGAGGACACCAAAAUCGAGGGUCCACAGAUAA